UUUCAUUCUACAAUUUUCUUUUGACAAAUGUCAAAUUUUUCUGAUAUAAAUUUCCACAUAAUUUUCAUCUUAUUUCUGUUUCCCUUCUCUCAUCGAAUUGCCCCCAACAGCAAUGUCAUCGACAUCCAGCGCUUGUGACUGCGACGAUUUCUAUAGCUAUAGGGCACUAGGAAACAUGCAGGACCCAUGGUUCGAUUACUACCAAACUAUGGGGCACCCUCUUAUUUACUACGCUAAAGUGCAACCUUCAAUGCGAAGAAACAGGUCUCCUCGGGCGAAGAAAGGGAGUCCCAACUUUUUCGUUAAAGCAUUUCGGUGGUACACUCAGGAACAUCAUCCUCAAACCAAGGAACAAACAGCCGGAACAAAGACUCCGGAUUUUUCAAAUUUCGCCAACUGGCUGGACAGCAAGUACGGCCAGUUCAUCCAGGAGAACCAGCAGUACAAUUAUUACACGUCUGUCCAGUCGCCAAACAGACAAGAGCCUAAUGCGGUACCUCCCAGUCAUCUCAAAAAACGAAAGACCGCGAGUCAAAAAAAUGUCGCAAAGUCGUGUAACAGCUGCGAAUUCAUCAUGAAGCCAAAAAAACAAAUGUCGAUCACUACGUCAGAACAUCGGCAAGGAAAUAUCAGAACUGUAUCGGAAACUCUGGCCCAAAAGAAAAGCGCAGCAAAAUCGUUGAGCACGACCAGGUCGACCAGUCGCGUGUACGAUAUUGACUACCAAAAGUCCAUUGACAUCGUGAUGACUGAAGGUACCAUAAAUGAAAAGAAGGAAAAAUGCAGCUGUACAAAAACUGAAAUAUUGACAUUAUACGAAAAUAAAAGUAAACAGGAUUAUAAUAUGAAUAACGCCAGCAACAAAGAAUUACCAUGUAAUCAUGUAGAUGUAGAAUGUCAAUGUGAUACUGUUUCGAUGACAAAAACCGAUGCACACACUCAGUAUGACUAUAAGGUGACGGCUCCGCCUAAAACACAACAGCCUCGACAGGGGGCUCAAACUCCUAAGAGCGUGUCUAAUACCACUGUUUGCUGCAGCAGCUGCGUUUCGAGAAAUACAAAUAAGCCAGCUCAAAAUGUCGAGCAAGUAUCUAGUGGUCUCAAAGAGCAAGUGAAAAAUGUACCUUCAAAAAAGUCAUACCGUAAAGUUCUACAAUUAAAUGACGCGUCCUGCGAAUGCCUUAUUGAUUAUGAAAAUGAAACAACAAAAAAAGCGCCGACUCGUAAUAUCUCCUGCCAGUGUCCUGUUGAAUUCGACUUCCUUGCACUUAUACCUGCACCCGUACCUGCGCCAAUAGCUGCACCAAUGACAGCUCCUAAUGUAGCUCCUGUUAUCCCUAUUCCUACACCUGCACCGAAAAGUAUUGAUUGCGUUUGCACUCGUUCAUUUCAGGAUGCAGUAAAGGCUAUCUGUCAACAGAAUAUAACAAUGGUUGGACCUUAUAAGACAGAUGAGGAACAAAUACCGAUGGCUCCUAAGCUGACAACUACUGUCAUACCAACCGCAGUGACGGUCUCCUCGUCAGCCCCAAUGAAAAUAUGUACUGUACCACCCAGCCAUUUUGUUGUUCCGGCGAAGCCACAAUUCCGGACUGUCAACAAAGUGAACGAAACUGUACAAACGUCCAGUCAUUCGAUAUGUCUCGAUGAUGUGAAAUAUCCGUUGUUCAUGAAAAUUGUCCGAGCCGAUAAAUUAAUUGUCAAGUGAAAAGUGUGUAUGAUAAUGAAGAGAAAUGUAUUAUCGAUUUAAAUUUCAUGUAUUUGUGCCGUGUAUAUAAAAUAUGAAACAAAAAUUAUACAUUACAAUUUAUUUACAAAGUAUUU